AUGGAUAAAAUAAUUAUUGAAUGUUCUUCAAAAAAAGAAUUCAACCAACUUGGAAUAUAUCUUGAUGAAGUUGACAUCAACGAGGUUGUCAGGAAAGAUGAUGAAAAUUCUCCAUUGUUAGAAAGUACAUUAAAUGACUUGAUGUCAAUGUACAUUAAAGAGAUAUUACUUAGUUCGCUCGAUUUUCCGAUCACAGUACAAAUGCUUGUAGAAUGCAUCAAUUGCAUAAUUCAAGCUAUAGGAAGUUGUAGACCAUUAUCCAAAAAAUUAUUUGUAUUUUUGCCAAAUUUGAUGUAUAUUUUAGAGUUUUGGACUGAAGUGUUGGUUCUUCCAUCUGAUAUUCAAAUGUUAGACGAUGGGGGACAUAAAUAUCUUAUAUUAAAAGGUUUAUCUGAACAUUUUAGUGCUUUAGACGAGAAAAUUAAAGAAAAUCAUAAUCAAAAUGGUGAAAAUCAAAAUAAUUCUGUGGAUUCCAUAUCAUAUACACAACUUAAUAUUAUGGAAGAAACCAUCAUUAUUCAUAUUAACUUUGUUAUAACACAAGAUCAAGAAUUAGGUAAUGAAUCUCUUAGAUAUAUGAAAUCUAGUAAAGCAUCACUUUUGACUCCAUUCAAUCUUUACUGCUUAUUAUCAAUGGCAAGAAUUCAUAGAUUUCAAGAUUCAAUAAGUAAUAAUAUUAGAAGAUUUGAUGAAUCUCAACUUUCAGAAUGCACAAAUAAGUUGGAUUUAUUGGCUGAAAAAUUUGCUUAUUCAGGAAUGAUUGGGUUUAAAAUUAAUGAAGAUACUGAUUAUAAAAUGGUAACUGAUGUGGGCAUGCAAAAUAACAUGUAUGCUUCUUUACUACUUGGAUGUUAUGGGGUUAAUCAAGUAUUUACAUUAUUAGGUCGAAAAAUAGUAGCCUCAGUCACAGAAUAUUCCAUUCUAAGUUUUAAAUGUAUUGUUGAACUUUUUCAAUUCACGUUUAAUACUUUAGAUUGCCAAGUUUCUAAUCAUGCUGGAGCAAUUUUAAGAUCAAAUUCAGAACGUGUAAUUGAUAAUGUUUCUUUAACAAAGAUAAUUGUUAAUAUGUUGGUCAAACUGGAAAGGGAAAUCUCAGAUUUUGAUAUGGUUCCAGAGUUUGGACAUGAUAUAUUAUCUGCUCUGGGAAGUUGUGAUACUGGCGAUAUUGAUUUAAAGUUAGAUGAAUCACAAACACCAAUUUUUGCUAUUGUUAAUUUAAGGAUUAGUAAUAUUAUUUGUGUUAUAUUGCUUGAAUUUAUAGAACAAACCUAUGAUGAAAUUGAAUGGCUAUUAAUCAGAAUGAGAUUAGUCAUUAGUAAAAAAGGAUAUAAUGAUGAAGAACUAAUUGAUCUCGGAGAAUUUGAAAUUUCAAUUUACUUGUAUGACGAGACUGGAGUGAAUGAUGGUGAGGGAGAGAAUGGUGAUAAAGAAAAAGAAUAUGAGGAAGAAAAUGCUUCUGGGUAUGAAGAUUCAGAAGAUAAUAAAUCAAAAACGGACAAUACUCCUCUUGGUCUUUUUACAAUUGAAAAAGUUGCGAUUAAGGCUUUAGCCUUAUCCCGAUUUCCAUUACCAACUUUUUUAGUAACAGUAUCUAAUUCCAGUAAUUGGCCACCAAGGACAACAUAA